CCACCUGAAGUUAAACAUCUGAAACACAGAAAGGCGUUCAGUUUAUAUCUUUGUUCAUUUUAAAAGACCUUCAGAAUGACUGAUGCUAAACCUGGCGGAUGGUCAGACACAAAGGAUGCCACUCCGGAAAUUCAGAAGAUCUGUGAUGAGGUCAAGGGACAAGUGGAGGCAAAGACAAAGAAGAAAUACGAAGAGUUCCUUGCUGUUAAGUACAGGAAUCAGAUCGUGAAGGGAACAAAGUAUGCAAUCAAGGUUCAUGUUGGUGGACCCAGUUACCUUCAUGUGGACCUCUUUAAAAGCCUUCCAAAUAACGGAGAAGACAUUGAGCUGAUUAAAGUGGAGGAAAACCACACCAAAGAUGAUCCAAUCAACGCUUUCUGAUCUGAUCACACAGACUGCUUCAGCUGCUCAUUGCGACCAAACAGCUGUUCAUGGGGGAAAAAAACAGUACUAUUCUGUUAACAUCAAAUAAUUCAAUGCAAUAACAUAUAAACAGUGUAUUACUUUAAAUCCACAAUUAUUGAGAGUAAUAAGCACUGUACAGUUGAAUGAACAAUUUUUUAAAUGACAAAUAAAGCA